UCGAUGCGUUUGUAUUUAAAUGUCCGUCUUGUCCCAGAGUCGUCAUCCCGAGCUUUCCAGCAGCUCCAAGUAACAACACUGUGCAGAUCGCAGCAAGAACACAAGUCAGAACAAUAUGAGUCCCAUCAUCGCUUUCCUGAGUGUGGUACUAGCUGCCUGUUUUGUGAAUGGCGCACCUACAGGUAAUACCAUUGUUGCUUUCUCCGCGGGCCUGACCCACACUAUGCCCCUGACUUCCGGUGAGACAAUUCGCUAUAAUAAGGUGUUUACAAACAUCGGAGGAGGCUACGACGUGACCACUGGAAACUUCAAAGCACCAAAAGGUGGUGUGUAUGCCUUUACAAUCCAUGGGUAUGACGCUAACACAGACAAAGCCAUGUGGAUCGAACUGAAGAAGAAUACUGAACUUUUGGUGUCAAUCUCUGGUUACAACAGUCACUCGUCUGCCGGAAACUCUGUCAUUGUUUAUCUCAGCGCCGGAGAAACCGUGUAUGUUCAGGCGAGACCUAAUCAGUCGUUUUCAUUAUUCGGAAAGAUCGACCAGGUAUAUGCGACCUUCUCUGGGUACAUGAUUGGAGAGAUGGACCGUUCUCAGAGUGAUUCGGGCAACAUCUUCCAGCAGUUCCCUAACUUCCCGGCGGCUGGACGAUUAGUUAUUUUACAUCACCAGUCACAAGGUCCCUCAACAACUGCAUCUCAGACAUAUAACGAUCACCAUGGCGACAAACACGUGGUUGCAUUCGCUGCAGCGCUUACACGCACAGUGACAGGGAACUCCGGUGAUACUGUUAGAUAUGACAAGAUUUUUACCAACCUUGGAGGUGGAUACGACAGAAACACUGGAGUGUUUACUGCUCCCAAAUCAGGAAUCUACAAAUUUGAUUUUCAUGCCUACGAUUCUAAUACUGAUCACGCGAUGUGGCUGGAACUGAUUAAAAAUACAGAGCUCCUUGUUUCUCUGGCCGGUUACAGCAGCCAUACCUCUGCAGGUAACUCUGUCAUUGUCUUCGUCGGAAAAGGGGAGAGAGUUUUCGUCCAGGUCAGACAGGACCAGAGCUUCCCCCUCUUUGGCCAGAAAAAUCAGGUUUAUGGUACUUGCGUCGGACAUCUGAUUGGUGAAAUGGACAUGGCUCAAAGUGAUUCUUCACCAUUAAAUGGCAACAACCAUUUCUUUUUCGGUCAACGUUAAUUUAAAAUUCUGUAAUUUAUGUUUAUACAUUUUUGUCGUAUUUUCGGUGGCAGAUUUCAAAUAAAAAAGAAAUAAA